CGCCUGGUUAAACUGUAGAGUUCACAAGGUUGCCAGUUGCCUCUGGUUUUUUCCUCAGGCAGGUAAAAUGGAACCCAUGGAGGUUGACUCGGGAGAGUCUCGGCCUGGCCAAAUAAUCUUAUCUUGGGGAAGAUCUGCCUCUGGAGAAUUAGGCAUUGAUGAUAGCAGCGGAGAAAAGAAUAUCCGGGUACCAACAGUUGUGACUGCAUUUCAAAGGGAACGUGCUCGGGCUCCCGUCAUAGAUAUCGCUUGUGGAAAACAACAUACAGUCAUUUUGCUGGAAGACGGUCAAGUUUACUCUGCCGGCUCUAAUGAAUCGAAACAACUAGGUCACGAAAAGCGUGGAUCAGAGCCAGAAAAAUUAAAUAUUCUGGAGACCCAAAUUAUCAAAUUGGUUGCCUGUGGAGAAGCAUUUACAAUUGUUCUGAAUGCAGAUAAUCAACUUUAUUCUUUUGGUUCAAAUGAUAAAGGGCAGUUGGGCUAUAGAACACAAGGCAAGAAAUUCAGUGAAAGACCAAGGAUCAUAAAGGCGCUUAAUCCCUCAAAAUCAUCCAAAAUUGUCCAAGUUUCUUGUGGAGGAAGCCAUUGUCUGGCUCUAUUAUCAAAUGGAAAGAUUUUCUCUUGGGGAAAUAAUGAAAAUGGACAGCUUGGACGUGGAAAGGACUUUUCUUUCACUGAGGUUCCCAAGGAGAUAACCGCUCUAUCGUCUUUACCAAUUUAUAUGAUUGCUGCUGGAGGAUCCCAUAGCUUUGCAUUAACUGUAUCCGGAACUUUGUUUGCCUGGGGCAGAAACAAAUUUGGUCAGCUUGGGCUUGGAGACGAUAAAGCACGUAGUAUACCAGAAGAAGUGAAAUCACUGCGUUCUAAAUUCAUCACAUAUGUUUGCUGUGGUGAGGAGCAUACGGUUGUUCUCACAAAGUUUGGCCGAGUGUUUAGUUUCGGAUAUGGAGGCAAGGGUCAGUUAGGACAUGGGAGCGCACUUAAUCACUUCUUACCAAAACAGGUGAUAGAACUGUCCGGUGACCAGGUGUCUCAAAUUGCUUGCGGAAGUUGGCACACUUUAGCCGUUGUGGAAGGCAGUGGAAAGGUAUACUCAUUUGGUAUGAACAAAUUUGGACAGCUAGGAAAUGGAACAAUGGAAGAGCAAGCUAAUACGCCAACAGUUGUACCUGGAAUGUGGACCACGAAUCGUAAUGAGGAGGCCUACUGUACAGAUGUGAAUAAUUUUGCGGUAUACAGUCUGUUUGUGGUAUACAGGCUGUUUACUGGAGGGAAUCAAAGUUUUGUGAUCUUGAAGGAGAAGGGUGAUGCUAGUCCUAUUGACCAUCGUCAAAGACACCUGAUGGAAAUGUCAACAUUUUUUCUUGACGAAGCAAAUAUCAACAAACUGAUAAGUGACUGUAAGAAUGGUUCAAAUGAGGAGAAACAAAAGCAUACUCUUGACAUCAUUGGAACAGUUUUCACUUCGCCGUCUUGUCUCAAUGGCUCGUUCUUGAACCCGAAUACACAUGAAGUGACGACUCUGAAAAACCCUGGCUUGGACACAACCAGUACAAAUAACGAAGAAACAGAUUUUUUUCUCAGAGCGCUAAUUUUUAAGUUAAAAGGGAAUGAAGCAAUAAGGAAAAAGGUCGACGAAUGUGCAAUGACACUUCUAGAAACUUUACAUAAGCGACCUCCAGAUUUAGAGGCAUGCCGAGUGUUCCUACUCAUUCCAGAAAUUUCCCUUUUGGUGCAGCAAGAUAAACGAAAGAAUUUUGUAACAGAAUUUGGUCGCCUACUUUUAGAAAUGGAGCAAGAUGCACUAAGAAUUUUCUGCAACUGGUGGGCAACGAUUCCAGCCUCAAUGUUUUCAAGAAUUGUUACGCUCUUUAAAAGAUGUUUGAAAGAUGCUAUGAAAGACUUUUACAAUUUCACGGGCCUCAGCCAAGAGAAAUGGAAUAUUGUCCAUAUUUCACUUUUCGUUUUGCAAAUAUUGAACAAGGUAAACGAUGACCACAAUUUUUUGAUACCGUAUGAGGCUUUCUACAUACAAACAGUACAAGAAAAGAUAGAUCUACAAAUGGACUACCGUGUUUUCAAGUUUAGGAAGGACUCGUUUUGCUUUUGUCAAUUUCCCUUUAUCUUCGACGUGAAAGCCAAGGCAGAUAUCAUAGAACUCGAUGCGCAACUGAAAAUGGCUCAAUCCGUGGAGAGGACAGUCAACGAGAGCGUGCAAACUGUCCAAGGAGCGCUCCCACUUGUGAAAAAUCCGUACCUUCUGUUUCAUGUCCGGAGAGGUGCUAAUCUUGUUCAAGAUACCAUACGACAAGUGGAAAAUAUUCAAAAUCACGGUAUAGAACAACUCUCCGAAGAAGAGGCUCGUUUGGAAUUCAAGAAGCCACUCAAGAUUGUCUUCGAGGGAGAAAGAGGGGUAGAUUGGGGUGGACCCAAGAAAGAAUUUUUCUUGCUUUUAAUUGAAGAGCUUUUUGAUAAGAAAUAUCGAAUGUUUAAAGAAAUUGAAAGUUCUCAAUCUGUAUGGUUUGACAACAAGACAUUCGAAGAUUCCAAAAUGUAUUACAUUAUUGGGGUUAUUUGUGGGCUGGCAUUGUACAACUCAGUUAUAAUCGAUCUGCAUUUCCCCCUUGUUCUGUACAAAAAGCUUCUUAAUCAAAAACUAAAUUUGGCUGAUUUCGAAAGCUUUGAUCCCAAUCAUGCCAGAACACUCACCUACCUGCUGAAUUAUGACGAGAUAAACGAAGGCGAUGUCGAAAACAACCUUUAUUUGAAUUUUGCUAUUGAUGAACAGGACUUUGACGAAAUAAGAACAGUGGAGCUUGUAGAGGAUGGGAUCAAUAAAUCCGUCAAUGCGCAUAACAGGAAACAGUUCGUAGAUUUAGUCAUUGACUACUACCUCAACAAAUCGAUAGCUGAUCAAUACCAAGAGUUCUCUAAGGGAUUUUACGAUGUUUGUGAAAGAGAAACGCUGGAUCUUCUUCGUCCCAAUGAACUGAAGGAAAUGAUAUCUGGCAUUGAAGAUUUUGACAAUUUUUUGUUAAUCAAAGAGAAUGCCGUUUAUGCCGAUGGUUAUCAUGAGAUGGACCCGGUUAUUAUCAACUUCUGGGAUGUUCUACGUGAUUUUAGCCUUGAUUUGAAAAAGAAAUUUCUAGAAUUUUUAACUGGUAGUAACAAAAUCCCUAUAAAAGGCAUGAAAAGUGUUGAGAUUAAAAUAGCCAAGGCAAUACUUGAGAACGGCCAAGACGAGCAGCGAUUGUUACCCGUGGCUCAUACUUGUUUUAACUUAUUGAAGCUUCCAAGAUAUAAAAACAAGACAAUAAUGGAAGAGCGAAUAACGUUCGCUGUGAGUAAUUGUAGCAAAGGGUUUGGUUUGGAAUAAACAUUUACAUAGUGAAUGCAUUUAUAAAGGAUAUUCAAGUGUGAUAAUUCACCAUAUUUUGGAAUCACCGCGCUCAUCUUGUCACUUUGUCUAUUCAAAGCCGUCGGAUGCGGAGACUGGGAUCUGCAACCCUCCAAAAUUUCUGCAAAUCGGUUAAUCGUCCCGGUUUCAAUAAAGAGCUGUCCGCCCCUCUUCUCCCGGACUCCCUUAGAGAUAUGAAUUCGUUCCCACGAGGUAGGCGUUUCAGAUAACAAUUUUUAUUAAAUAUGAUUUGCACUAAACUUGGUUUCCUGUGCUCAUACAUAUGUUUGUUUAGUCCUGUUCUCUUUUGCACCUUUGAUCUUAGACCUACAAAGUCUCUUAUUCCAACAAAAACGAGUUUUUUUCAUUUACCAAAACUCACUGCUGAUUAUAUCACUUCUGCAAAAAGAAAAUUACAUACCAUUUCUAUUUUUGGAAUGAUAAAUAAGUAUUUAUGGCCAAAAUGAGUAUAUAUGAUAGUUUGGUUCAAUGAAAAAUGGUACAAGCGAAGCAACAAUUAUGCCGCACGAUAUUUUCGUUUUAACAUGGUGAUACGCAAUAUUUGAGUACCGUAGCAACUUGUUACAGUACCGUAAGUUCUUAACUAAAUGCUCCUUCUAUAGGGUGCUCCAUCGAAUAAGCCGCCAGCGUCUACUGCCUUCUCAAAUAAAAAUAUAGAUAUUAACAUAUAUAGUAGUCUAAUUAAAGUGCGUACUGUAAGGAUACUUGACCCCGUUAAUGUUGACUGGUUUUCGAAAUAUCUUAUCGUCAAAGGGAUAUAAUAAAUUGUUAAACGAGUAUAACGUUCUUGCAAGAUUGCACAAAGGUUGUUAAUAUGCACCCCGUUUAUAAGCCAAAAGCACGACAAUUGAUUUCGCAGCCAGACGCGUAAUGGAGAAUUUACUUCUAUUAAAUAAAUAUAGUUUUGGUACUUUUGUUUCUAUAUUUUGACAUCUAUUUUGCAUAAUAUUGAAUUGAAACAAUAUUUGAGAUUAAAUAUAUGCCUCAUGAUAGUGGAAACUUCUGUUUAACCUACUUUCAUUAGGCACAGCCGUGAACGUUUUAACUCUAAAGUACAGGGCGGUUAUAAGUUGCGACCCUGAGUUUUACGCUUAACGUGAUCAUCAGGUCAUAUGUUAGUUAUACAGACGGUAUUAUAGCUACAAACAGUUGAUAAUUCUUGUUCUAAAUAUCUCGAGACAGCUAUGCGUAUAGUUUUCUAUGGCACAUGCUAAGGACUUAAAAGUAAGAGCUGUGUAUGGAAAUAUAGAAAAAGGAAAUCCUAACACAGGCUAUAGUGACAACAUUAGAAAAGUUGGUGGCAAUGGGUGUUGUGAGAAUUAUUGAGCUGGUAUAGGACAGGGACCCGUGGAAAGACACCAUCAUUUACUUACUGCGGGCCUUCCUUUUGAUGAUGAUGAUUCUUGUGGCGAUCUAUUCGUAUUUUUGUUUUGUUUCUACCUAGCAUCUGAAGGUAGUUUUUAGGACACUGAAAAGCUGUGCUUAUCGAGUAGUGCCCUCCUCCUUCCAAUCGAUUUGACCACACCCCGUGAUUCCUACGUUUUGAAUUACAGAGAAACUUCCCUCACCCGUGGGUCUCUCACCCCAGACACGUGGAUCUGUAGCCUGUGACACAAACCCGCUCAAACCACUGACCCAUCCUCCCACUAAUCUGCGAUGAUUCUAAUACCAAAGCAAAUUGUUAGAAGCAAAAUGCUAAUAAUUCUUAUUAAUCAACAAAAGCUGAAACUUUUAGGGGAUCUUUUAGAAUUAUUUCCUUUGGCAAAUAUGAUAAAAUUACCAGCAUUUUUAUUAGGAAUUUCUGCUUAGGCUCACUGGCUCAGUGCUGAAAAUGCCUUGACUAAAGCCCAAAUUUGAGUACUCAAAAUUCCUUAGACAGUCACUUUUUCUUCAUGUUUCUUUGAAAUAAAACUAGGAACAAGUAGAUAUAGUGUCAUCACGAAAUGAGAAGAUAAGUUUAAAAGAAAAAUAAAAAAAAUUGAUGAUAAGUUUUGUUUGUAACUGAAAUAAUACAAAACGCAUGCGUUUUAUUCUUCACACUUCUUAGCAGUUUCACAUCCAGUAGUAAAAUCCCUUGUGGUUCACCUGUCCGAAUACCUUCCUUACAAAGCGUUUCCUAAUAACAGGAAUGCUUGUAUGCUAGUUUGAAAAAAGUCAGGCAACGUGGCCAUGCUGGUGUGUCAUAUUUUCAAAUCCCCGAGAUGGGGAGCCCCAAGAGAAGGAACAACAACAAGUCAAUUUUAAAAGCUAGGUAACUUGGGAUCAAUAGCAAUGCUUAUUUGAAUAAGCGGUUUUAAAUGAUCUGCAGCCACAAAUUGCAUUCAUUCUUAUUUACUUUGAAGAAAUUUCUUCGACAUGUAUUGCUAACGGUAUGGCUUAACUAUUUCUGUCGCAAUUUCACAGUAUUUUAAAGGCAAAAGGCCUUGGAUAACGGAUAAUAGGAUGUCGCAUGUGAAUUGUUUUUUCUUCAAGUAUGCAAGCUAGAAGAGGUAGGUGUUUUUUCCGUCAUAUAUCCAGUAUUGCCAAACAAAAGGCUAAACGUGCUUCUUGCUCACAUCCUGAAAAGGUUAAACGUAUACUAGAAGGCAGCAGAGGCGGAUCCAGCGGAAAAUCUGAGGGGUGCUUAAGGGCGUUGCCUUAAUAGCCAUAAUAAUGCCACAUCCUACUUUUUUUUACGGUUAAAUGAAGGCAACACCCAUCUUGAUAAAUUAAUCUUUUUUAAAUUCAGGUAUUAAAGAUUAACUAUGUUGCUCAAGUGAUGUGAACAUGGUGUUUGUGACGUCACGAUUAUGCGGAAGGCUCGGGCGAACUCGUCCGAGCUCGGAAAAUGCUCGGUGGCUAACUUUGACGCUCAAUAACUCGAAAACUGUGUUGAAUAUUUAAAAAAUAAUAAUGUAUCAGGUAUUUAUGCUCGAUAUGCCUUCAUUUGAGGUCAAGUUAUUUUUGCGUGUCAGUUCACCUUUAAAAUGUCACAUGUCCAUGCAAAAUGUGGUAUCAUUUUCCAAAAAACGCAAUAAAUACAAUAGCGGCCUGAAUCAUCAAGAUUGGUAAAUUUCUCUAUAGCUCAAAUAAGGUCCACUGUUAUAAUCAAUGGAAUUAUGAUUUUGAUUAUUUAAGUAUUUUUCUCUAUUCUGAAGAAGUUACGUGCCCGAAAAGAUUAAAGGACAGCCUCUAUGUUUGCCCCAGUUGUAGGAUUGGAACUAGGUAUAAAGCAAAAGAAUUCCAUCGUGACGUCACGAACUCCGAGAUUGUCUACUGCAAGAAGUCUUUCUUAUUGCCUCUUCUAUCAAGACUGUUAUAUGAAAAUUGCAAACUGAAAAGUUUUUACUGCAGUUGAUAGUUGCUUGACUUUUUAAAGCCUGGCUUUGAAUGAUUGGCUAACUGGUCGGCAGGUGUGUCGACAACAGCUGGGCAUGCUUACAAUUGGUCCACGUAGUAUGUUUCUUUCAACGUGAUUUAGAUUUCAUAGCUUUUCACGUUUGACCAAAUUUUCUCGACCUUACGUAUGUGUGCAGCCAUAUUUUACAUUUCCGUAUGUCUAACUUUACUUAACUAACAUGAAAGAAACAUAAUUUUGAAAUUUUUAUCAUUUUUGCUAUAGUCCUUCUAAGUUACAAUUGUAAUCCUUUGAAUACUGAAAACACCCAGUGACACUACCGUUAUGUUUGAGGUAAACAGCGUUCGUCUUUCAAACUUGAUGUUUGACCCUAAAUUUUUCCAUUCAACAAAUUACAUCUCUGGGAAAACCUGUCGAGUCUGCGCGCAAACUAACUUGAUGUGCGCUAUCAUUUCAAAAGCAAAGAAACCACGCGAUCGCCUAUGUGUCGCAGGAGCGCGUAAAGAAAAAAGCUGCACGAAUUCACAAUUUUCUGAGGGCUUUCUUUUCAAACAUUUCUCGCCAGCGGUAUAAUGCCAACGUCGUAAUUACUCUUCAAACCGUCUUCAGAUUCUGCUUUGGAGCUGAAAAAUUAAAUUUCGACAUCUGAGAUGAUGAACGAUGGAAAUUAGGCACAAGAAAGUAGGAAUAAUACAUGGUGUUGUGUGACGAUGCGCGACGGAAAGAUUGUUCAGUAAUUGUGAGAUCAGCAGAAGAACCUCUUUUAUAAAUCAAACUGUGAACUGGACGUUACAUAGAACGGAGUAUGGUCAAGUUAAUUAGUUAGUUAGUUAGUUAGUUAGUUAGUUAGUUAGUUAGUUAGUUAGUCAGUUAGUUAGUUAGUUAGUUAGUUAGUUAGUUAGUUAGUUAGUUAGUUAGCUAGUUAGUUAGUUAGUUAGUUAGUUAGUUAGUUAGUUAGUUUAGUUAGUUAGUUAGUUAGUUAGUUAGUUAGUUAGUUAGUUAGUUAGUUAGUUAGUUAGUUAGUUAGUUAGUUAGUUAGUUAGUUAGUUAGUUAGUUAGUUAGUUAGUUAGUUAGUUAGUAACUUACUAACUAACUACCAACGAAUUUGAUUGCCCGUACCAUGAUAUCUUUACAGCAUUGUAUCUCAUUUGCAGGUAUGUCAAGGAUACAGUACGUAAGGAUGUAGGAUAUAUAUACAAAGUUAGUAGCUUUAGUAACUUCAAAAUUAUCAGUGGCAACAUGGGUUAAUUCACAGAGGGAUUGGGCUGUGAGGAAAACUCGGCAAGGUGCUUCUAUUCCACUGUAAAAUCGUAUUGACUUGAAGCAGGUGCUUGCGUUGGCUAUAUUUGACACUGACGUAAUGCUCAAUUUCGUUCCAAGUUAGCAGCGAAUCACUGGCCUGAGCAGGUGAAAUCUAGCUACCUGAUUGGGUCUCUGGAGAUUCACAUGGUCGAAAGUAUUCUGAACACCCGGUACAUCUGUUAAUGGACGAGAAAUAAAGCUUCACCUUGUUCUGCCUCAUAUCUACAUAAGAAAGAGGGCGAAUUCAAAAACAGACCGUCAGUUUUCUCGUGUAUGUAUGCAUGUUCAGAACGAAUAUUAAAACAAGGAAAUAACAAUUUCUUUUCGCUUGCCGAAACCUGCCGGCAAAGAGCUAAGUUCAAAUCAGUGUGUCUUUGGCAAGGUUGAAUAGAAGGCAGAGCUGGGGUUUUAUGAAAUGGAUGCGUCGGUGAGUAUGUUGUUUUCACCUGUUUUUAGGAAUACUAAGAAAUUAUUACAUAAAAGCUGAGUUUUCUGGGAAUUUUAAUCCAUGCUUUACAGAUAAAUGUUUUUUAUGAUCACUCAAAAAUAGCGUUAUUCCUGAUAUUACAAAAAUGCAAAGCAAGGUCUAUGUAAGCAUUGUUGGUAUUUUUGCUCCUUUUUGCAUAAAAAAUGUAAUUCAGGUACUAUUUUAACAAAAUGAAUAAAACCACAAUGAAGUCUAAAUAAAAUAUCAGUCGAGGCUUUUGCAACCCUUCUUCGUCUUCACGUUGCUUUGCCGUUGAGUUUCUGCAUUUUCUAACAUUUACUUCGCUGCAGAUACAGUAAAGCAUUUUAACGCCGAUGCUCUGCUCUGUUUAUCGAAAUAUAAAUCGUUCGGGUUUUCUUACUUUCACCGUAUGAAAUGCAAGCAAUUUCAGUGUGACCUCCUUUCGGAAAGAAAUCAUUCAAAUUUGAGUCACGUGGAAGGUUUGUUUACCGUGCACAUGCGCAGUGUGAAAAAAUGCAAGAAACAGAAGCCUUAGUUUAAAAAGAUGAUGUUUGUCUAAAAGUAAUUAUAUUAUAUCCAUAGUCGCCUUAGAGUAAUGCCAAAAUAUAAAAAGCUAUUUUCAUUGUCCAGCUUCAUUUUAAAUUUUUAGUUUAAUAAACAAAAUUUAGUCACAUUGAAUACUUGACAAGCAGCGCCUUUUUGGUGCCCAUGGGUCAUGGGUCACUAAAAACAGGGCUAAAGUUUUUGCACAUCAGGUUUGCCAAACCUGAAACUACAUUUCAGAAAUUACACCAAAUUUGGCAAGAAUGUGCAAAAUCAAACCUCCCUUUUCAGAGGCAAUGUUAAUUGUUGUGGGGAGGUUCUAUAAGGAUUCUCUUUUUGCUCAAAUUUUUCUUGAGACACUGUAUCAAUAAAAAUAGUACUCUAUGAUCCCUAGCAAAAACAUAAUUUAAACUACUCUUGUCUUGUCUUGAAAAAGAGAAGGACCAGUGGCGGUGCCAAGGGAUGGUAUGGGGUUGAUGAGGAGCUACCCUUCUAAUUUUGUGAUAACAUGGUCCCCAUAAUUCUUCUAAAAGUUGACAAAAAGUUUGAUCGUUGUAAGUCGGAUUUUUUUAACUUUGCCUAAGGAGCUACCCUUGUUAUAAAGGACUUAAAUGAGGCAAAUAGGGCGUGGUUUCAAAUGUCCAUUGCCCAUUGCAUACUAACUCUGCAGUGGCUGGUACCGUCACUGAGAAGUUAAACUGGGAUGAAUAAUAAAGGUCAACAAUAAAUACUUAAAAUCCAUGUUUAGUCUUGGUAGAUGUUGAAGCCACAAGCUUACAUUACCGCUGUGUUAAACAUUGACAUAAUUUCAUUUGUUAUAACAAAAUGCUCGCACAUUUGUUCCUGGAAUGCACAGGCCUGUAAAUAUGGAGCAUUGCCUCUAACAUCCUGAUGCAAUGAAAAACGUAACCAAGAUAGAAUGACAAAACUGAAACAGACUUAAUAAGGUGUUAUUAUAUGCUGGUUUAAUAAAACUUUAGAAUAGCGUACAAAUUUGGUUUGUUUAUAUUUAAUAUUUUUGUGUAUGGUUGCUGCGUGAUUUUCAUAUCAUUUGUGUGUUGAUAAGAAAGGAUAGAAUCGUUUUGAAAAACCAUUCGAAAUAGAGCAAAAAGAUAAAAAUUUAGAAAAUAUCCCUUCAGAGUACGUCAAAAAUGCCCAGUUCAGAACAUAAGUUUGCCCUGGUGCUCAUUGCUGCGAUGCAAAAGUAAGCAUUUCAUUUAGCCCUUGGUUAGGCCUAGGCAAAAACUUAUAUUUGUGGCUUCUCAUUAGCUUUAUCAUAGCAAUUUAUGAUAAGAUUUUAAGGUGGUCUACAAAUUACAGGGGGAGCUUAGCAUACACUUUUUUAUUCACUUUAUUUAUUGUUGGUUUACAAAAUAAUAGCUAACAAACAGCUAAUUAACACCAACUUGUAACAAUAACAAAUAUAACUAAGAAAAAUCGUGAUGUUUACAAGUAUCAAAUGCUAGAAAUAUAUGGUGUGCAUGGUCUACACGAGCAAGUAAGAUCCGUUUGUUUAAUUUUAGCUUUGAAUACUUUAAAACUGUCUGUCGAUCGAAUAUCUAACGGUAUAGAAUUCCACAGUUCAUUACAUCUAUAGGAAAUUGUAUCUAGCCAAUAAGUAACAGUGUUCGGCUUUUUUGUAUAUUGAUUUCGUAAAUUAUAUGCAAGUUCAUUCAACUGAAAUAUUUCUUUCAUAAAUACUGGAUUGAAGUUAUUUACUGUUUUGUAUAAAUUUAUUGCUAGUAGCUGUAGGCUCUUUUGAUGUAUCCUGACAUCAUUUUUUUGUGAGAGAAUAUUUUCAAAGUUUGAGAAUAACUGGUUAAGACCUCGUUAAGAAGCUUUGAAAACCGCUAGUAAUGACAGAUUCUUAAUGUUUUAAAUGAAUGGGCUACUCGUAUUUUUCUUGAAAAAUUCCCACUUUCAAUUGUUCUGAUCAAUACAGGGUAUAGUUUUUUCAAAACUGCAGACAAAAUCAAUACUGAUAGUGAAAUUUAAACUUCUUAUCCAGAAAUUCACCUUUCCUCUUCAAAAUAAUUUAACUUAACCCUUGUCAAAAAGAAAACAAAAUGUUGUAAUGGUGCAAUUUGAGAUCCAGGGCUUCACAUUUAAAAACGAUUAGAAGAUGUAUCUGCUCCAGAGCUCGAGUUUUAAUGAGGUCUAAUAUUGAGAGUGAUAAAAAACUCCAAGUGAACUUUAAAGCUUUCCAACUGCAAUUGGAUUUUCCAACCUUUGGGGGGGGGGCUUCACGUCCCCACGCCCCCUAUUAUUUACGUGCCUGCUUUAUUCUUCCCUUAUCGCAAAAUAUUUCCUCAGAAAUUUGUAGUUGAUUUACCCAACACUAUCUUGCUAAUUAAAUAAUCUACUGGCUUCUCAGGUUGUCAUUAAUGUUCAGAUCACAAAUGUUUAUUAUUAACGGUAGACGGUUCGGCAAGUAACUGAAGAAGCAUCAUCGAAUUGGGAAUAAAUUCUUCUGGAAAAAUUUCUAGUGGGGGCUCAGGCCUCCCUGCCCUUUUUUAAUGCAGAGCUGAUUUUAAGGAACAGCAGGAUAAGUCCCUUUUCAAGACAGACGGGCAAACAAGAAUAUAUGUUUGAGUUCAACCUGAAAUUCUCUAUCAAAAAGGCUUUUUGUCAUGUUCUGAUAUGAAGCGCACUUUGUUGAAGACUUUUUGAACGAUAUGAGCUUCUCACCUUGCAAUAUUUCAUUUUUGAUUUUUACUUUUGCUGGGAAAAUAAUAAACCAUUGUCUUUGCCUCGCAAAGUCACACCUAACAAACUACCACUGCUUAGAAGAUUUUGCAUGUGCUCCAUGGGCGGAAGAAGAACCCUCUCAUUAUGUUUGAUCAGCGCCACAUCUAAGGUCUGAUUUACUUAAAGCAAAAAAGCAAAAAUUGAGUAAUAAAUGGCCUAGUAAUUAAGUACUAAACACAAUUUCCUAUAAGAUCAAACAGAUGUGGAAAAGCGUUCCACAACAAAUAAAAAAUAGCAAAUGACGUAAGCUCAUUAAAAAGCAAUUUAAAGAAAAUACAAAUGACAGCUUGCACCUGCAGAUUGUGGAUUCC